AUGGCUUUACCGGUAUUUGGGAGCGUAAAGAUAGGGUCUUUACUCUAUAAGGAAUAUCCUCGUACAAUUGCCAUACAAUCGGGAUCGAUUAGUCUAUGUUUUCGACAAGUCAAGCUAAAGUCUAAAUCCAAUAAUAAGAAAGCUGGUUCAGCAGUUGCAGUUGAAAUAAUUCCAAAUGAUCAGAUCUCACAAGAAAAUGGUUAUAGAACAUUGGUUAAUAGAGAGGUUUCUGGUUGUUUGGGUUUGAUCAAUGUUGAUCAGCAGAUAUUUCUUGCGGUCAUAACUGGAGCCAUUUCUAAUAUAGCAAGUCCUGUUAAUUACGAAACCGUUGAUAAGAUUUACUCGGUUGAUUUUGUUUCUUUAACCACCAAUGAAUGGGAUUUUGCCAAUUUGGAUGCUAAUGGGUAUCCCAUGGACACCGUAGAAGCGUCAACGGAUGAUUACGAGUAUAGACAAGCUCAUCCAUGUCAUGAAUUAAAGAAACUCUUAUCAAACGGUUCAUUCUAUUACUCGAAUGAUUUUGAUUUGACUUCUUUAUUACAAAACAGAGGGUUAGAUAAUUCUAAAUUAAACGGUUCAGCAUCGCCAAAUUCAGCAUCGAAAAAAGCGAUCAACUUAGAUCAUUACCAACAAGAAUAUAUGUGGAAUUCUUUUAUGAUGGAUGAACUUAUUAAAUUGAGAUCUAAUUUAGACGAGUUUUCGCAAUCUUUGCUUAAUGAAAGUGGGAUCCUAACUACGGUUAUUCGAGGUUUUGCGAAGACUGUCACUUUUGCAUCAUCCGGCGCUGCCAUUACCAUCAUUUCUAAACAAUCUUGGAAAAGAGCAGGUACGAGGUUCAAUGCUCGUGGUAUUGACGACAAUGGGAACGUUGCUAACUAUGUUGAAACCGAGUUCAUCUAUGAUAAUCCUUCGCAAAAGCUGAUCUUUUCCUUCACUCAAAUCAGAGGUUCAGUGCCAACUUUUUGGGAACAGGAAAGUACUCUUGUGAAUCCAAAAAUCUCUUUAACCAGAUCUUUGGAAGCCACUCAACCUAUUUUCAAUAAGCAUUUUGAUGAAGUUUGCUCAAAGUAUGGGGUCUGUCAUAUUGUUAAUUUACUUUCCCGUACUAAACCGGCAGAGGUUCAAGUCCUGCGUCGUUAUAAAGAUUUAUACCAACAUUCAACUCAUUUCGAUGAUAUUGCAUUUAGUGACUUUGACUUCCAUCACGAAACUAAAGCCGCCGCCGGUGGGUUUUCUGGUGCUACGAAAAUCCUUCCCUUACUAUAUGAUUCUCUCGAAAGAUUUGGCUGGUUUACCUAUGAUACCGAGCAAGCUGAAGUGAUAACAAGACAAGAUGGGGUAUUUCGCGUUAACUGCUUGGAUUGUUUAGAUCGUACCAAUUUAAUUCAACAAGUCAUUUGCCAAUCGGUCGUGGAACAUAUAGUGAAAAAUUACCUACAAGCAAAUGGUGGCCCUGAUGCAAGCUCUUAUCGUGAGAGAUUGGUCUUUGAUGAAAUUGCACAUAAGCACAAUGCUUUAUGGGCUGAUAAUGGUGAUGCUAUCUCCCAAAUCUAUACAGGAACCAAUGCCCUUAAAUCAUCAUUUUCAAGAUCUGGUAAAAUGAAUUUUGCUGGGGCAUUAUCCGAUGUUACUAAAUCAGUCUCGAGAAUGUACCAAAAUACUUUUAUGGAUUCGAAGAAACAAUCAACUAUGGAUCUCAUGUUAGGUUAUGACGCUCAGUUUUCGACCCCUGUUAAAAUUUAUGAUCCUAUCAAUGAAUAUGUUCAUGAUAAACUUAAACAGAGCUCUUCAACAUUUACCACUCAUGACAAUAUUAAUAUCUUUGUUGGUACUUUCAAUGUCAACGCAGCAAGUCCUCUUAAUAAAAAUAUGGAACUUACCAAUUGGCUAUUCCCACCAGAAAACUUGGAUCAUGGGUUACCAGAUAUUUUCGCUAUUGGAUUACAAGAAUUAAUCGAAUUAAAUGCCGGUUCAAUUUUAAGCGCAGAUAAUUCUAAAGGUUCUCAAUGGGCUGGCAUAUUAGAAUCUCAAUUAAAUUCUCAGAACGAACCAUAUCUUCUUUUAAGAACAGAAGCAAUUGCAUCCAUGUCAUUAUUUCUUUUUGUGAAAAAAUCUCAAGUACAUCAUGUAACUCAAGUUGCUGGGUCUUCUAAGAAAACCGGUAUGGGUGGUAUAACAGCAAAUAAAGGGGCUUGUGCUGUCAGAUUUGAAUUUGGUAACACUUCUUUUGCACUUGUAACUUCUCAUUUGGCAGCAGGUGUAAAUGCCAUCGUUGAAAGAUAUAAUGAUUAUCGUACAAUUAUUGAUGGGCUCACCUUUACUAGGAACUAUACUAUCAAAGACCACGAUAAUAUCAUUUGGUUUGGUGAUUUAAAUUACCGUAUCAACUUACAAAAUGAUCAAUGCAGAUACUUGAUUGAAAAUGGUGCGUUUGAUGAGUUGUUUAGAAUGGACCAACUUUUAAUCGAGCUUCAAGAACCAAAAGAUGGUGCAUUUUUUGGUUUCAAUGAAGGUAAAAUCAAAUUUUAUCCAACUUAUAAAUAUGAUAAAGGUACUUCCAAUUACGAUACAUCCGAAAAGCAAAGAGUUCCUUCUUGGACCGAUCGUAUUUUAUAUUUGCCCAAUCAGGAAGAUAGGAAAGACGCUUUGGUUCAGCUUAAUUAUAACUCAGUCAUGGAUAUUUAUGUGAGUGAUCAUAAACCAGUAUACUCUACUUUUAAUAGUCAAGUGAAAUUCGUCGACGAGGAAAAGAAGCUCAAGUUAGCCAAAGAGUUAUAUAGAUCUUAUAAGAAGGAACAUUCUACAGAAGGCGACGUUGUUUCCUUGAUUGAGUUUGAGUCUGCUAGUUCAGCACCAUCAAAGAAAACUUCUAAUUCAAGCUUCUCUGCCGAUACUUUAUCUGAGAUGAACUUGCUUGAUGAUCAGACUCCAGCCCCCAGACUACCUUCUCGACCAGCCACCUCUAACUUCAAUCACCCAAGAAGAAUCCCCCCACCACCAUUAAGUCGCAAAGCAGUUACCGCUGUGUCGAAUAAUGGCAGCAUGCCCGCUGCGACACCACGUAAAUUACCACCACAACCUUCUUUCAGCUCAAACACUCCACCAGUUCCUCCACCAGCAAGAAAGGUCUCUGCUAGUUCACCAAAACCAUUAUCUCCAGAUUCAACGUCAUCUUCUUCAACUUCUGCAACAUCAGCAUCGGUCUCGCAACCGAAAGCCCCGCCAUACAAACCAAUGAAAGCACCAAUUGGCUUUUCGUCCACCCCUCUUAUUCCAAGUGCAUCUAAUUCCCCAUCUUCCACCCCCAACGCUUCGUCAUCAUCUUUGCCCAUACAAAACAACAAUGGUCCCAAAAAGCCCUUGGUGCCAACGAAGCCUUCGGCAUUGUCAGGGAAGAAAACGGGUGAACCUAGUGAUUUAAGUCUGAACGACUCUGAUAAAAAUCGUCCUCCUCCACCACCUCCGAGAUCUAGCACGAAUACUCCCGUUCACGCAGCCAAAACUAUGUCGGACUGGAAGCCGUUGGUUCCACAGUAGGAUUCUUAUUUAUUUUUAACGAUCCAUGUAGAAGUAUAUACAUAUACAUAAGAC